CAGCACAUCUCUGUAUGAUCACUGACCACUGAAGACCUUCACCAUGCAGACCAGAGCAUUGCUGUUGACCUUCACCCUGAUUCUGGGCAUGGGUCUGAUGGCAACCGCAGAGCCACUCCACGCUCAGUGCAGGGUCAUCUGGCUCUUUGGGAUUCCCUGCGAGGAGGUUUACAUGAAAUUGGUGAACCAGAUCAAGGCCUGGAAGGGCAUGGGUGGCUGCUUGACCGUCGGACAGAGAUGCUUGUAUGAUUUGGUUUCUGCCACACCGUUUCACAUCGUAGCUAAACACACAUCUAGACAGUGGACCAGCAAAGAAGACCUGAACUUUCACCUGGUGGCAACUGAAGAAUCUAUCUGCAGAGUGACGGGAUAUGCUGUUUCUAAAGCAUGGGCCAAACUGGAGGAUAACGGCAUCACCUACUGCACCCUCUUCAACCUCAUGGACGGCAGCGGACUGGUGGAAGCCGAGGGUUUUAGGCAAUACACCAAUGAAUGGAUUUGCUUGGAUUACUCGACUGCCAACUGCACCAUCUACUGAUGAGUUUCUGAUGUGAUUUAUAGGUCACGCUUUAUUUUGAUGGUCCGUUUGUUGAAUUUAAGUUACAUUGCAUCUACAUGCCAACUAAUUCUCAUUAGAAUAUAAGUAGACUGUUAGAUUGGGAUUACGGGGUUAGUGUAAGUUGAUGCACAUGCUAAUUUUCUUAUAAUCAGAUAAAUGUCUGUUAAAGCAGUAGUAUCAACAGAUUUUAAGCAGACAGUCUACUAAUACUCAAAUGGACCGUCAAAAUAGUGUAUAAAAUAACAUUUAUACGCUGAAAACACCAUGAAAUGUGUAGCUUUUUAAUAUUUUCUGCAGUCACUCAUAUACAGUUACAAAGCUAUUAAUCGUAACUAAUGGCUGAUCAGUAUGUGUUGUUUAAACUUGAGUAGAGUGCAUAAUUGUAUAAAUAAACCUUAAAACAUUAA